GCUGUUUAUGUUGUGUGGCGUCCGGUGGUGAUGCAUACAUACGCCGCCGGUAAGACGUCAUCGGGCAGUCGUCCUGCUCCUGGCUCGACUGCCUGCCCGAGGCUGCCCUGUCCCUCGCAGACAGACAGUAGUAUGGGAGAGGGUAGAUGGUGGUGGAAAGGGACAGCUGAGGUCAGCCGAGGACAGCAAGGGGCGGUUAAUGCCUGUUCGCAUGCCGACUGGGGGCUGUCCGCAGGGCUGUCCGCAGGGCUGUCCGCAGGGCUGUCCGUCCGCGGCAGGGCGGUUCUCGAGGUCGCGGAUCUACGCGAUGCCGGUCAACAACCCCGGCGGGUCCGGCUCCGGGCAGCAGCAGCCGGCCGGCCAGCCCGCGGGCCGCGCCACCUUCCGGCCGCCGUGGGUCAAGCAGGGCCCGCAGCCCAUCCCCAUGCCCGCGGCACCGUGGACGGGGCGGGUGAGUACCGCGGGCUUCGGCGCUGGCGGGGAGGAGCAGGGCGCCCUGGACGUAGGCAACAGCCCGGUGCAGGAGGCGCGCCUGUGA